AAAAAAAGAGAAAAAUAACGCAUUAAAACAAAAUAUUAGUAAAAUCACAUAAAUAAUUUAAAACCCCACCGUCAUUCAUUGACAGGUCCACUUUGACGUAUUUGCAUUUGGAUAGUUUCUGAUAACACUUGAAGUCAAUUUAAACUGUGCCGUACAAUUAUAAUUUGAUGUUUGACAGGUUUUGAUUAUUUUUUUCCCCAUGAACCAGUCAGCACCAGUUCAAAAGGUGCGGAUGGAUGAAGGCAGAUAUCGAGUUUACCCACUCGUGUGCGUUGAUUUUUCAAACCCUAGUCUUGAAGUCGAUUAAAUAUUAGCAGACGUGAGUGUUAUGGCAAACUCUGGGGAGGUACCAGAAGAGUCAAUAUUCCUAAUACAACAAAAUAGAUUGCUUAAUUCUCGUUUGCCUUGACUUGAAAGCCUCUCUCUAUUCGGUCUAUAAUCUAAAUAUUUAAGUAUUCAUUUCACUGUGUUUAAUUCGACCAGAGAAUUAAUCUCCUCGGGAUAAUCCGCAACAAAUCCGGUAAUUUGCAGCCCUUCCUUCCAGUGGAAGACGGGAUGUGCGUUGAUAAUUCAUCUUAACACAUGUUAGCAGCAUGGAUAAAUCGCGUUGUGACACUGCUAAUGGGCAAAAAAUUCUCCCCUUCCUAUUCAGUAAAAUGUCUAAUGGGUUAACUUAAUGAAACGCUCUCCAGGGUAGAACGAAAUGUCAACUUUCCAUAUGUCGGUGUAUUUUUUUCCAUGGGAGUUUCACACACCCUUGGGGUUGAUUUUACGGUUUGGCAGAGGAGAGGGGCGGGGGUCAAGUUACCUGUUUCUCUCCUUCUCUGACAGCAGGUUAUUAACAACGCUCUCUUGGAGACAACCCUCUAAUUGAGAACACCCCACCCCUUCCCUGCCCACUGUACGCCCUAGAACCCCAGCUGUACAAAGAUACAUGGAGUUCCAGGUUUGGGGGAUUGUAAACUAUCCAUUCAAGCACACAGCCCGAGAUAAACUAGCGCCCAGCACACACUCCCAGCCACUACAGUGCGUGCAGUGGUCUGCAAGGUGUAUCUUUAUAGUGGGAGUCCCACUCUUGUAUCCUCUGGAGCUGAUUCUGCGGUACAAGGGAACAAGAGUCGCCCAGAGAACCGGCGACUCACUGGCAAAUGGGAAGGUUUCCUUCUGCCUUAUUUGCCUGCUUGCCUUUGACUUUUAUUUCAGUACGUUUGCUGCCCAUUUCACGUCACAAGGUUGACAGCUUUUUACACCAAAUCAGAUCGCUCGUUCGGCUAGUCCGGGAGGCGUCACUGAUUUAGAUUAGAACUCAACACCACCCUGGGGCCACACUCUGAAGUCGGUUUAAAGGGCUGUGGAGUUUUAUACCGAACGUGUGCGCCUGACUCCGAGACUACACGUCUCUCCUGCCUUCUCACACCCACUCUUCAUGAUGAGCACUCUCCUCUCCAGCCAGGACCAGUUCUUUAUCGGGGACCAGAACUAUGGGCGCUCUCCCGAGCUCCCGAGCUCAGCCAGUGUUGACGUUUCCAUGGAGACGUGGUACUCCCAGUGGCCGGGCGGUAUCCUGGACAACAGCGCUCUGGCAGCGCGGCCGCAAGAAUAUCUCUCCAUCCUCGACACCACAGCUCAGGAUGAUCUCAGGUGGACCGCACACUUAUCAUCUCAGCUCCACCAAAACAAGCAGCUCCAGGAGAGUCUGGAACAGAAGGAGGAAGAACUUGCCCGUCUCCAUGAGGAGAACAACAAGUUAAGGGAAUGUCUGAGCUCCAGCUAUAUCAAAUCUCUGAAGGACAAGGCGAGGAAACUGUUGACGCAAAAUGGACAGAAGGAAAGAGGGAUCUUUAAAGUUAAGAAGCGACUAUUCGACGGGCAGGAGGAUGGUGACAUUUACUCCACAGCCCCCAACAACAUUCCCAAGAGAUUUAGGAGAAAUUUGGGGUGCAGCAAUGAGAGCGGCCCCUACACUGCCCGGGAGGAACACUGCGCCCCGUGCCUUGAUACCUGGGUUCUGAAGACUUUGGGGUUAAAAGAUGCCAACACCAUUGAUGACAGUUGUUCAGCUAACUACAGUGCCAUUAAAAUCGAGACCAGCCCCAGUUACAAUGGGGAACCCGAUUACAGCUCAGACCGCCCAGCUCCACACCAUGAUCUCAUCGCUCCUUCUAUGGAUUUCCACGCCAACCACUGCCUGCCGGAGUGCCCCUCUUCACCGUUCCUGCUCCCGCCUCCGCCCGUCCCCUUCCACCCAGCCAAAGCCUGCGUGGCCUUCUCGACCUCCCUCAGCCCCCAUCGCAACGUGAAGACGCACACCUUCUGCCAAGGCCAGGCCUUUGUGCAACGGGACGGGGGUGGAGGCUGGAGGUUCACCUGGGUCCCCAGCCAGACCGACUGAAUGGUGACCCCCAA